AAUACAAAUAUAGUGCAUGCCCAGAACCAGAAACAACUAAUUUGUGUGUUUGUGUCCGCAUGUGCAUGUGUGGGAAGGAUGGAAUAACUUGGAUGGAAUAGGUCCAUCUUCAUUGUCAUUGUCAUCAUUGUCCAUGGCCAGUUGUCUCUCUGUCUCUCUAAGCCUCCAGAGCCCUGGCCGGUUGUGGGGUGUGUCACUAACAAUGCAGCGUCCAUAAAACAAAGAGAGAGGAAGACCACAGAGGGGAGCAGAAAGAGCAGAGAAGACCAUCACAGACCAUCAGCAUCACGUCCUUCUUAAGGAUACGGUUGGCAAACAAAACAAGAGUGGUGGGACCUACCUUUUGACGGCAUCUUAGUUGUCAUGGAGAGGGCUCCCCCUGCCAUGCGAGCUGCCCGACUCCAGCCCUCCCUGGAGACCGGACCCCCUCAGGAGCAGCGCUCUGUGCUGGAGACCGGCGCGUUGGGGGAAGCGAAGGAGGACUGCGAGCGGAUGUCGGGCGAGGCGAUGGACCGCAGGAAGGUGUGGGAGCCCAGUGUUUACUACUCGCUCGGGAAGGAGUCCUUCCACUUUGCCGGGCAUGACAUCAGCAUCCGGGAGUCCAUGGACACGUAUGGCGCUCUGAUCUGGCCCGGGGCGGUAGCUUUGUGCCAGUUCCUGGAGAACAACCAGCAACAAGUGAGUCUCAUGGAUAAAGCGGUGCUGGAAAUCGGGGCAGGGACUGGCUUGCUGUCCAUCGUGGCCAGUCUACUGGGGGCCUGGGUCACGGCCACCGACCUGCCCGACAUCCUCUCCAACCUGACCUUUAACCUCACACGGAACACCAGGGGCCGCGCCCGGUACACACCGCAGGUGGCGGCCCUCACCUGGGGCCAACACCUGGACCGGGACUUCCCUCGCAACGGCUGUCGCUACGACUACAUCCUGGCGGCGGAUGUGGUCUAUCACCAUGAAUGCCUGGAAGAGCUCCUGGCCACGAUUCGUCACUUCUGCCACCCAGGAAGUACGACAACACUGCUGUGGGCCAAUAAGAUCCGCUUCCAGUCCGACCUGUGGUUCAUAGAGCACCUAAAGAGCAGCUACAACACCAAAAUGAUCUGCGAGUUACCACAGCAGGAGGUGAAGAUAUACCAGGCCACGGCAAAGGAGUGACUGGGAGGACGGACACGGAAUCCGUCCACGAUGCAUCAACGGAUUGAACGAUCAUCGAUUAAUGGGUCGACGGAUGGGACACCGGAUGGAUGGAUGACAGACGAAUAGGAUAGAUGGAGGCAUGGAGCAAUGAUCAAAUGAUUGGGCAAAUGAGAGAUUGGGUGGGUGGAUGGAUCCACAUGAAUAGGUAGCAAAGCAAGAUGUUUAAAACAUAUCAGGUAGGCAGUCUGUGUACAUGAUUGGGGAUCAAUCAUUGGUUUGAUCAACUCUGAUUCAAGGUCUACAUGGUUGU